CGUUUUGUGUGUUUCGUCUCUUAUUGAUUUUGGUGUUACUCUCUCCUUCUGAGUUAUGGUGAAAUAAUGGCAGCAGCUGAAGCAAGAGCAGUGUGGCAAAGAACUGUUAACCGUUGCUUUGUCCAAGAAGACGCUAAAAGAGCUCCCAAGUUAACUUAUUGCCAAUCUACAUCAUCAUCCUCACCUGCUUCAACUAAGCAAGUUGAAGAUUCUGGUUCGUCUCCUCGAGUUUCUGUUGAUCCACGGAAGCAAUCAUCUUGUGCAGGUUUCAUGCCUCUUCAUCGAAACCCGAAUUUCCCUGAUCUGUUACCCCACAACACCAGAUUGUGGAGUCAUCACCAUCAUCAUCACUUUCAGGUGAAUAAGAUGCCUUUGGAGGCUGAGGUUAACAGUCAAGGUGUAUCUGAGAAGAAGUCUGAAUUGGGAGCUGGAGAGAAAGAAGGAAAGUCUUUUAAUUCCGAAAGCUUUCAAGAGUUUGUAGAGUUGAUGGAAACAAGGGAAAGUUAUGGUUCAACUGGGUGUGAUGAGUCCUCUGAGAAAAAGUUAAAUGAGCUCUCUUUUGAUCCCAGCUCGCCGUGGAAUCCUCUCUCGAGCGAGAAAGCUGGACCGUGGUGGCGAACUACGGAUAAAGACGAGUUAGCUUCACUGGUUGCACAAAGAUCGCUAGACUAUGUUGAGAAUUGUGAUUUACCAACACCACAGAAGAUGAAACGAUCUUAUUAUGGUAGUCCGCGUGGUUUUGAUUCUGAUGGAUUGAGAGACUUCUCUGUCUCUGGCCAAACCAUCCCCGACCACGGGCCGAGCAGAGGAAGCAGCUGCAAGAACAGAACAGAGGCUUCGUCUGAGUCUGAUUUAAGCAAAUCCGAGCUACUAGAAGCGCUGAGGCAUUCCCAAACGCGGGCUAGGGAAGCGGAGAACAUGGCUAAAGAAGCUUAUGCAGAGAAAGAGCACUUGUUGAAGAUCUUGUUCAAGCAAGCCUCAGAGCUUUUUGGGUAUAAGCAAUGGUUACAACUGCUUCAGCUCGAAGCUCUUUACCUCCAAAUCAAGAACAAGAAAAUUGAGAACAAGGACAGCAACGAGCCAGCGGUUUCCAUCCCUUGGAGCAAUGGCAAAGCAAGAAAACCGAGGAGAAAGAAAAGAAGCAAAAGGGGUAAACCGAAUGGAGCUAAGUACGCGGUUGGUUUAGCUUUGGGGAUGAGUCUUGUUGGUGCUGGUUUACUUCUUGGAUGGACUGUUGGAUGGAUGCAGAUGCUAUCUUUCUAGUCUAAAGAGAAAAAACAAGAGACGAGAGACCUCGAAAGGGUUUUUGAAAAAUCUUUUUCUCAAUGAACAGCUUGAUGAUCUUGAAAUGAGUUUAAAGAUUCGCUUCAAAUGCAGCUUUUGGAUUUCGUUGAUGAGAAUGUAAAUUGUUGUGAGAAUUUUGUUAAUAUUGUGUUUCUAGUUUGAUCUUUUCCUUCAAAAAUCAAAUGAAAUUAUCUGUAAUUAAGUAUCUUUCAUGUAUGUAAUAUCUGCAUAUAUAACUUUAUAUAAUCUUUCUUUCAUGUACAAUUUGUACCUAGAGAUUCAGUCUCUCUUUCAUAGUUUCAUGGCAUUAGCUUAUUUUUUGAAAUUUAAAAGACUUGUAAAUUUUACGUCGUUUUGGUUAACUUUUUACUGCUGGUGUAGAAUGCGAAAGAGAAAGGAACCAGUUGUUGCUGCUUCUUGCUUAAUCGGCGGUGUUGGACUAUUUUUGCCUGCUGUUGUGAGGCCUAUUUUAGACUCUCUCGAGGCAUCCAAGCAAGUUAAAGCGCCCCCACUUACUGAUGUAAGUAUCAUUAUGGAUUUUUCUCUGUUUUAAUUUCCUUUUCUGCUAAAUGCAUCAUCGAUUUCCUGUUAUGAUCUGGAAACUCUGCGGGAUAGUUGUUGUUAGUGUCCGAAUAGGCGAAUGUUUGGAUGAUUCCAAGUCUGUCUUUUUAGCUAUGUGAUGUAUUUUAUACAUUAAUCUCGAUGUUUUUGUUCCUCCCGUGUAUACUUGUUAUUUGUGAGUUCCAUCUUUGGUUCAUGUAUGACUUUGUUAAAAAUCUAUGCUUUUCUUCAUGGAAGAGUGUCAUGAUCGCAAUUUGUUAGUGU